UUCAUUGACCUGCUUCGUGCAUCGCCUGCUCGCGCCUUUGCUGCCUGCCUUUUCUUCCGGUCCCCACCCAGUCCUCCCUCUCUGGCCACUGGGCGAUGGAGCAUCACUGCUGAUGCGCUGGCAGCCAUGAUGCAGGCAAUUGAGCAGGCAGGCUCCAUAUUCACUGGCUGGAUAUCUUCCUGUUUGUUCUGCCUGAGCGGGAGGGGCGACGAUGAGAGCUUUCAUCAUCAACAGGCUAUGAAGCAAAAAGGUGUCGAACGAGAAAUGAAAGUAUGCCAUACUCAACCACAUCUCGUUCCUCCGAUGAACCUCACCGGCUAUGAUGACUUGCCCAGUCCAAGCCCUCAGCCUCGGGUAUCAUCGCUACAGUCAUGGGUGGUUGAGGGCAGGACCCGGGCAUCGCGAGCAUCGAAUCGAGCUAGCAUGUCGCUCAAAAGGAAGUCAACUGCUCCCGUGAGGAUCAGUGGACCCUCGGAGUUUAGAAGAGUCUCAAUGUUCUUGACUGAACUGGAUGAAUAUCGUCCCCUGGAGUUGAGCUUCAAUACCCCAGGUAACAGGCUCCCGGAUCUUCCGAGAUUUGACGACUUCCCUCUCGAGCACGACCACAAGCAGGUCAUUUCACGACCCCCGCAGGCUCUCUCGUCCACCGAAAUGGGCCGGAUAUCGCAACCGCGAACUCACCGACCCUCUUCGUCGUUCCAGCUUGCGAGAAAGCCGGUCGGGUCAGGCUCCCGUCGGUCUUCAUUGCCAACCCAAGAACAGCUCCAGUUAUUAGAGAAGAAUCCUCCCGUCACCAGUCCCUUAAUCCCUCAUUUUUCACAACGUAGCUCUGCGGCCACUGGCUUGACCGCAAGUGCGAUUCCUUCUACCACUCCCAGGCUGGAUUUAAUUGGUGGCAGCACGUCCCUGGCUAGGAACGAGCUACACCGGGACACCCACAAGGCCUCUACAUCCUCGCUCCCUAGGACUCCCACCAAACCCAGCCUGCAGGACAGGCCCUUACCUUCUAUUCCGACUGAGGAGGAUUCCCCUUCUUCAGGCAGUACGUACCACCCACCUACCACUCCCUCCGAAAGCCGACCUCCGACCACUCCCUCGGAGAACCCCAAUCGAACCCCAACCCGCUCGGGACGUGUUACCCAGUGGCUCUUUCAAACGCCCACCAAGCCAAACUUCCUUUUCUCCAACCCAAGCAAAAUCAGCGACAAGGGGCCAUUUCGCAUCCGGUCGCGGACGCUGAGCGGCUCUACGCUCGCAUCAACCAUUACCAAUCUCACCGGAGGGCACAAGGCCACCCCGUCUCUCGCCAGCGGCACGACAGUAGCCCCAACGAUGCCAACAUCGAGCACUGAAUCACGGAAUUUUGACCUUCCUCUUGGCAGCCCAUUCUCACCUAAGCAGACCUUUCCAACCGUGACAGAAGAACACAACUAUCCCACAAUCUAUGAGGGCGAACAGCCACAGCACCAGGAGCCCGAAGUCUAUGACGAGAUGCUUACCCAAUAUUACGAGUAUCGUCAUUCCGCUGUUGGUGUAGCAUUUUGAUCUGUCCGGUUCUUUUCUUCUUUACUGUCAUUCAAAUUAAAGCUUUUCACUUUACCUCUCGGUCAACGGCCUUGAUUUGCGUACUACCCUUUUGUCGAUAUUUAUACCCCUGCUCAUGGGAAGUAUUUAUCCUUUCCAGCCUUAAUGAU